AAUUCUCCCCAGCUCUAGCGCAACCUUAGUUUCUAAGCCGCAUCCUGUGUUCCUCGACAUUCUCUCCACCCUUUUUGUUCACAACCAAAACCCCCUAGGGGCAUAAGAAUGCCGCUCAUAGAGCCACUUCAGGCCGAAAAGUCCACCGCAGCGCCAGGAUGGGCGUAUGUCUACGACCGACAAGUCGAUGCCUCGAGAAUCGGGCUCGAUCCGACGACUGGCGCUCGUGGCAAAGCCGGACGUGCCCAACGCUCCGCAGCAACCACAACCGUAGCGUCCAACGAGCUUUCGCGCCGUGAACAGAUAGCUAUCCAGCGCCGACUGGCUGACCUGGACAGAGAUGGCGGCGCCGGGAAAGACGUUCCUGUGCCGCAGAAAUGGAAGGAUUUUCAGAUCGGAACAGAAGGCGGUGGCGUGGGGACGUGGGGCAAGAGCAGGAAGAUGACUACGAACGUGAGGAGGAUCCUGCUGAGCGAGAAGACGUUCGCGCACUACCUUGACGACGAGGAGGCAAAACUCGCGCUGGCGAGGGAAGCUGGCGCCGGCAGAGUUGAGGGGCGAAAGACAGAUGCUGGAGCAAAGAGAAGCGAAAGAGCGCAAGGAAAGAGGGCUAGCGUUUCGGCGAAGACGGAGAUUGACGACGUUGAUAUGGCAGAUGUGUCGCUAUCGGAAGACGUGGAGGCGAAGACGAACGGACAGCAGGCGGCAGCUACAAACGACGCCGCGGAUGAUCCUCUGCUGAAGAUCUGGACGCCUUCGCCUUUGUCCUCCGAGGAAGUAGAAGAGCUCUUGUCGCACCCGCCUUUGUCAUACAAUGCUGCUCGCGCAGCGCCUCCACGCAUCAACGGCCCUCCGCAGCGCAAGUUCUGUGAGAUGUGCGGCUACUGGGGCAGAGUCAAGUGUCUCAAGUGCGGCUCUCACGUCUGCGGGCUGGAUUGCAAAGAGGCACACGAUCAGGAGUGUCGAAAACGGUUUGCAUGAAGACAUUCUGGCUGGCGUUUGCAUGAUGUUUCAUAAGAGAGAUACCCACUGUUUAACGACUGUGUUGAACUUGACCCGCACAAGCUUCAUCAACCGUGAGCUCAAAAGUCACCAUCACCGUCGCUAUCGCUGUUUCCUAAUCGUGCGGUCCAACAUCCUUGACUAGACGUACUCGUUGGUUGCGUACCACUGCCCACGGCCUUCUGGUGUCAGGUCGAGGACAUUAUACGUAGUUGCCAGCAAAUCCAGACCCCUUUCGCUCUUAGGUUCGAUGCACGGGUACGCUGUAUAUACAUGGCGUACAUUACCCUCCUCGUCCUUCUUGAAGACGCUGACCCCAGGCAUCUGCUUACAGUCCUUCGCCCACACCGGCCUUUCCACGUUCAUAUCGGCAUUGAAGGUGGUACCAUGGCUGGAAAGGAUGCGGAUGUUUUUCCAGCCCCGCUUCUGCGCCCAGGUUUGAAGUUUGGGAAGCUCGGCCUUGCCCACGACGGCGAAGUUGACGUUUUGAGCCAGAUGUUUGCCGACGCCGUUGAAACUAUCAACAAUCAUCGAGCACAUUCCACAAGGCUUCUCGUCUUCUGGGUCGUACAUGAAAUGGUAG